UUUUUUAAUUGAAGCUUGAAGCUCAACGUUUAUGGCUUCAUCAAAAGAAGUUUCAAAUCCCAAAGGUGAGAUAGCGCUCACCUGGACCCGUUGUGUAUUGUUCUACCCUCUAGCUGGGAACAGUCACCUGGGAAUCUUUCCACCAGGUGGCUUCCAAAGUCCAAUCUGCUAGGUUGAAAUCUGACACUGACAGAGCCUCCCAGGGAGCUGCCUCGGAAAGCUAAACCUGGAACCAGGAAAUGCGCAAGCCUCUUUAUGUCGAAAAAACAGCUGGUCUCCUUUCUCUGCGCGCCAUGGGAAACAGGCUCUGCUGCGGGGGAAGCUGGAGCUGCCCAUCAUCCUUCCAGAAGAAAAACAAAACAGGGAGCCAAGCAAGACCCACAUUGAGCAUAUUGAAGCGGCAGCAGCAACAGCUGAGGCAGAAAGGCACAAAGGGCUCUGAGACAACAGGACCAAUGUAUGAGCAAGUGCUACACCAGCCUGUAUCUCAAGAGAAGAGUUCAGAUUUCACAUUGGAGGAGAGCAACUUACAUUAUGCGGACAUUCAAGUGUUUAGCCGAAUGCAGCCACUCUCUGCCGGGGAGGUGAAACAACUGUAUUCAGAAACUGCUACAGAGUAUGCCACGCUUCGCUUCCCCCAGGCCACACCUCGCUAUGACAGCAAGAAUGGGACCCUAGUGUGAGCCUCGGGGAGGAGGCACCAGUUUUUGUAAUAUCACCACUACUCCUGUGAGGACAGUCUACUGCUUUGGGGAGCUGGGUGCAGGCCAGGGAUGCUGGCUGUUUUAAGCUUAAAGAACACCAGAAUACCUGGAACCGUGGGUGCCCCACACCCUCCACUAUGCAUCUUUUAUUUGUCAGUUAGCUUGGAGUUGUGGUUAGGCUAACUAUGGGUGGAUGGAGUUCUACAAAAAGAUUCAAGUGCAUAAAAAGGUAGUCUUUGACCCCUAACAUUAUUUGGACUCUCAAAUACAGCAAAAACCCUCUGCACUUUAGCUGCUCCUGAUAGGCUUUAUUUAAUGGUAAUUUUGUUUUGUUUCGUUUGUGUGUUUGUUUGAAACAAGGUCUCAUGUAGCCCAGGCUGGCCUGGAACUUGCUAAGUAACUGAAGCUGGCCUUGAAAUUCUGAUCUUUCUGGUUCAGCCCAGCCUCAUCCCCAGUGCUGGGAUUGCAGGCAUGUGGCCACCAGGCCCAGCUAACUGUAUCCCUUUUACACACCUUUACUCCAAGCUGAAUAGGAAAUGGUCUAGAAACGUUUUCUGAGCUUCUCACAGCCCCAAGGCUGGUUUGGGCAAUUAAUAGCUGGGUCAGUGGUCCCACCUUAUCACAGAGGCAGGGACUGAGGACACUUCAAGAACACGUCCACUUCAAGAACAAGUUGCCGGCACUAACAGCUUGGAGAGGCCAGGAAACUCCCUUUGCUGGACUGUUAGCUCUUGCCUGGGGAAACCGUUAGAAUCAACCAAUAAAUAGCA